AUGACAUUCUGUCUCAGAAGAAGUAUUUUCUGCAGAAAUAUAUACUCUGUUGUCAACUCAGCAUUGACGGUUCCUGCAUCCCUCACAGUAGGGCACAGGUCGCUUUACAUCGGUGAACGAGCCUCGCUAAGCAAAACAUUCAGCGCCAGAGAUGUCGCACUUUUUGCUGAGCUGACGGGAGACAUGAAUCCUCUCCACCUCGACCCAGAGUACGCCAAAACGACCUCUUUUGAGACCCCCAUUGUGCACGGAGUGCUGAUUAACGGUCUGAUCUCAGCUGUUCUUGGGACUAAGUUGCCCGGGAAAGGCUGCGUGUUUCUCUACCAGGAAAUACGCUUUCCUGCGCCCCUCUACAUCGGAGAGGAGGUUGUGGCGGAAGCGGAGGUUAAAAAGAUCAAAAUGUCCUUUGCUUUUAUUUCCGUUUCCUGUGCUGUCAAAGACAAAGUGGUCAUGGAGGGAGAGGUCAUGGUCAUGAUGCCGCAGAAUGGAGAGCGAUCAUGAGGAAUUUGAGUGGAUGCUGUGUUUGUUCCAAAUCUGCUGCCAGGAAUUGAAUGUUCUUUCUUGCUUAUUUUUGUUCUUCUGAAAUGUGACGCUCACUCAAAGAUUUAAUAUUCAUUGCUUUUUGUUCUCUGAGGUGCAGUUUAAAUAAACAGUGUGAGAAAAUAA